GAAGUGGCCGUUCUACUUCCUGCCCAUCUGCACCCUGGAUGACGCGGGCGCCAAGGAGGGGCAGCAGGUCGGGCAGCAGCAGCAGCAGCAGCAGGAGGAGCAGCAGGAGCAGCAGCAGGAGCAGGAGCAGAAGCACGAGCAGCAGCACGAGCAGCAAGGCGGCGAGGACGCCCUGCGGGAAAGCGGCGAGCAGCGGCGCGAGGAGGAGGCGGCCGUGGCGGCCGCGCAGCGGGACUAG